AUGACCACAUCGCUCGAUUUCACCGGCAAAAAAGCAUUGGUCACUGGAGCGAGUCAAGGUAUCGGUUAUGGCAUUGCAAUGGCUCUCGCUGAGACUGGUGCGAAAGUGGUAGCCCUUGCUAGAGACAGAACAAAACUGGAAGAUCUUAGUAAAAAGCACAGCAGUAUUUCCGUCGUCAAUUGUGAUGUCACAUCGUGCGAAGCUUCAAUAGCAGCUCACAUUGCUCCACACCAACCGUUUGACUUCCUCAUUAACAAUGCCGGGGUCGCAACGCUUGAACCAUUUCUAAGCAUCACUGAAGAAGCAAUGACGAGGCAGUUCGAAGUAAAUUUGAAGGCGCCCGUUGUUCUCGCCAAAAUCGUCGCCGACCAGAUGAUUCGACAUUCAAUCCGCGGUGUAAUCGUUAAUAUUUCGUCGCAAGCGUCCAUCAAACCACUUACGAAUCACACUGUCUACUGUGCCAGUAAAGCGGGACUUGACAUGGUCACUCGAUGUAUGGCUAAGGAACUCGGACAGUACGGCAUUCGGGUAAACUCUGUGAAUCCAACUGUGGUAAUGACGGAAAUGGGAAGAAAGGUUAUUUUCUUAUUGAAAUAA